CUCAUGUCGCGAGCUGUUCCCAAUAUUUUGGUUUGGUCAAUAAUGUGCUUGUGUCAAAUUUGUAGAACAACCAAUGUACAGUGUGUGUUGUGGUUGGUUGUUGUUUUUGGUCAAUUAUAAUUUUUAAAAGUCCCUGAAAAAGUACAAAUAUUGAACGUUUAAAUGAAAUGCUUAAUAAAUAAAUACAUUGUUUUAAUAAUGUAUUUAAAUACAUGCUAAAUGAAAAUGCCGCUUAAGGAAAAAAAACUAAAAUAUUGAAAUAUGACUUCAAACAAUAAGGCAGUUUAUUUAAUUAAACAUGAAUAAACUGACUUUAACAAGAUUAAACAAAUGUAUGUGAUAUUUAAAUAUUAAGGAUGCUUAAAUACAUUUAUACUGUAUAAGAAAAUAUCGACAAAUAUGAAAAUGAAAGGGCUAAGAAAAAAUGUAAAGUAUUUAAUAAAAUGUAAUAGAUCAAAUAAAGAAAUAACUAAAAACAUUUGAUAGAAAAAAAUCAUUCAAGACAUUGACUUUGUAAAAAAGUGGGAAUUUACUUAAAAUAUCAAGUAAAAGCUUAUAAUCGUUUCAUAAAAUAUUUGAAUAUUAAAAAUAACUGACUUAAUUUAAUAAGUUUAUUAACUAAAGAUGCUUAAUAUGUACAUAGGUAAAGGUCUAGAAAACGGCAUUUAAUGAAAUAUUUAAAUGAAUAUAAAAUAAAAUUAACAGUAAAAUGCAUUCAUAAAAUUUGAAUUAUGAAAAGACAGUUGAUAAGAUGUAUUCCAUAAAAUAAAAUAUGCUUUAGGAGUUAUUUAAAUAAAUUAAAUGGGCAGCUUGAUAGACUUAUUUGAUAUUAAAUUUGAAAAAAGCUGAAGAAAAAAAUUAUUUAAAUAUUAAACAAAAAAAAUCUAUUCAAGAAAAUGUUAAAAUAAGACGAUAAUAAAUAUUAAGAUUAAUAAAAAUAGAUUUGUAAAAUAAUUGAUACUAAACAGAAGAGGACAAAGUCACAAUGACAAUAAAAUGUAUUUAAUAAAAUGUAAAUGAAUAUUCAUGAAUAAGGAUGCUAAUAGAUAAAUACUUGGGCAAUAUGAAAUAAUAUACUCAUAAAAAGCCAAUAUCUAAAUGAUACGAUUACAACAAUAAAAAUGGAAACUGAACAUUAGCAUAUUUGGUGUUAGUGGUGGAGAUGUACCUAAUGGUAUGGUCUUUGGAAAAGUUGGGUAAAACGAUGAGAUCAGCACGCUGGGCAUGUUCUGUUCGCCUGUGGGGGGUGAUCGAGUGGAUGCUAUUGUGUGUACGUGUGUGUUGCAGAUAAGAACAUAUUCAGCGCCUCCUUGCGGUAAGUCACCGAAGUGAGUGUGGAGGAGGAGAGAGAGCGUACAGGGGGCGGAGCUAGCGGAAGGGCGCGCUCUCGAUAUAUCGUGCUGCUCUCACAGUUAUGCUCAUAUAUGCAUUUCAUGCACCUCCCGGUUGUAUCUGCAGGUCUUGGCUGAGUACUCCAGUUGAAAACGAACUUGGACUAUUUCACAGCGAGGAAAAUGUGUUUUGACACAGCUUGAGGAGCAGGCACCAUCAAGUCCAGAGCAAGAGCUGGCCAGGUGCACCAUGUCACACGCCCAGGUGGAGAUCCCCGGAUGCGGCUUUCCGGGCCUACAGCCGCAUGUCCUGGGCACGCGCCGCAACUCGUACGGCCUGCACAAGAUCAGCGUGGACGUGGACUCGCCCCUCUUCAGCGGCGCCCUGUCCAAAGCCCUCUCCUGGUCGGCCGAGAACAUCCUCAGCCUGCCCGAGUCCCGAACCGAGGAGGAGGAGGAGAAUGAGGAAAAAGCCCGGGACGCCGCGCUCCCGGGCAGCCCCCAUCCGGAUGUCGCCUGCUCCCCUAGCGAGUCGGACGGCGAGCCGGCACAGAGAAAAGGGCAGCGUGUGUCGCCUCACAUGAACUUUGACCCGCGGUGGGAGGAGGAGAAGGAGGACGUGGAGACCAAAGCAGUGGCGACGUCGCCUGAUGGACGCUACCUCAAGUUCAACAUCGAGAUCGGGAGGGGGUCCUUCAAGACCGUCUACAAAGGCCUCGACACAGAGACCACGGUGGAGGUGGCCUGGUGCGAGCUUCAGACUCGUAAGCUGACCAAGGCGGAGCGUCAGCGCUUCAGUGAGGAGGUGGAAAUGCUGAAGGGCCUCCAGCAUCCCAACAUCGUACGCUUCCACGACUCAUGGAAAUCGUCGGUGAAGGGCCAAAAGUGCAUCAUCCUGGUGACGGAGCUCAUGACGUCUGGCACGCUCAAGACCUAUCUAAAAAGGUUCAAGGAGAUGAAGCUGAAGCUGCUGCAGCGCUGGAGCCGUCAGAUCCUGAAGGGUCUCCACUUCCUGCACACGCGCACGCCUCCCAUCAUCCACCGAGACCUCAAGUGCGACAACAUCUUCAUCACUGGGCCCACCGGCUACGUCAAGAUCGGUGACCUCGGGCUUGCCACGCUCAAGAGCGCCUCUUUCGCCAAAAGUGUGAUCGGAACGCCAGAGUUUAUGGCCCCGGAGAUGUACGAGGAGAAGUACGAUGAGGCGGUGGACGUCUACGCCUUCGGCAUGUGCAUCCUGGAGAUGGCCACCUCUGAGUAUCCCUACUCUGAGUGCCAGAACGCAGCACAGAUUUACCGCAAAGUCACCAGCGGCAUCAAACCUGACAGCUUCUACAACGUGAAAGUGCCGGAGCUCAAGGAGAUCAUUGAAGGCUGCAUUCGCAUGAACAACGACGAAAGGUACACCAUCCAGGACUUGCUGGAGCACCCCUUCUUCCAGGAGAACCACGGCGUGCACGUGGAGCUGGCCGAGGAGGACGACACGCUCAAGUCGGGUCUGAAGCUGUGGCUGCGCAUGGAUGACACCAAGAAGCUUCACGGGAAGUACAAAGACAACAACGCCAUCGAGUUCCUCUUCGAGCUGUAUAAGGACGUCCCUGAGGAGGUGGCGCAGGAGAUGGUGGUGCUGGGCUUCGUGUGCGAGGCCGACUUCAAGCUGGUGGCCAAGGCCAUCCGGGACCGGGUGACGGCCAUCAAGCGGCAGCGGGAAAAGAUGAGGCGGCAGGCUGAGGAACAGAGGCCACGUUCAUCCUCUCCGCAAGUUGGCGAGGUCGCGACCGCCGAGUCCCCGGCACCCCCAGCCCCCGUGCCAUCCCCCCUCCUGUCCCCCGUCACCGGCUCGGCAGACUCCGGCGUCAGCUCCGGCUGCCCUGCAGAGCCGGAAGAGCCAGAGGCCAACCAGCACUUUCACAUCCGUCAGAACAGCCUCUCCUCGGCUAAUUCUGACUGUGAGACGGACGGCGACCUUAGCUACUCGGGUCUUCAGGACCCCCUCGAGGCCACGUCCCCCGCCUCCUACGCCCACUCCCCAGCCGCCGACGGCCUACCCAUCCCGGUCUUCCGCUUCCCCUCGAGCAUUGCUGUAUCUAACAACACGGAACCUGUCAAGCCAGGAUCUCCAAGCGGCUUCAACUCUCCUGGUGACAGCUAUGCCUCCGAUGUGACUUCCGGCCUGAGCGACGGCUACGAGGGCAUGACGGAGAAGAGCGAGAAAACGGUUGCUAGACGAACCGCUGCCAAGCUUUUUAGGCGGCGGGUACGCUCCAGGCUGCGCAUCACCGGGCUGUCCGACAAGGUGGACCGGGUGGUGGAGUGUCAGCUGCAGACGCACAACGACAAGAUGGUGACGUUCAAGUUUGACCUGGAUGGAGACAACCCGGAUGACAUUGCCGGCGUCAUGGUGCACAACGAGUUCAUCCUGCCAUCGGAGAAGGAGGGCUUCAUCUACCGCAUGGGCGACAUCAUCAAGCGGGCAGAGGCACUCAUGGCCAAAGAGCAGCCAGUGCACCCUAGCGGGCAACGCCCCCCUCAGCCUGCCUUCCACAGCACAGCCAACCCACUGUCUUCCUCCCAGCCGGAUCUGCAGAGUCAGAGCCUCCCACGAGCUCACUUCUCCUCCUCCCUGCCCGACUUUGCUGUGGCUAACUCGUGUGCGGAGGUAGGCGGUUCGCAUCCACGUGCCAACGGCGACGUCUUCACUCCAGAUGGGAUUUUACCUGGGCGACCGCUUGUCCGCUCGCAGUCGUUCCACAAUGCACCAGGGUCUCCUCUUGCUUACCACCACACCGCCUCCCUCCUGCCACACUACCACGUGCCCUACAUGGGUAGCUUCCCGUUCCAGUACCCCGCCUCGCCGGGUUCCCCCAAACCAGGGCCUGUGGCGAUGGGUGGGCUCCAUCCACCUCUCGCCCGCGUGUCCAGUAGCCCCACCUUUCCAUCUAUUCCUUCCCCGGUACCGCCGGGCUCCCCGAACCUCCUUAAAGACAGCGAGAGCCCACCUGGGCUGCCACCCCAGCCCCAGCAUCCCGGCAUGUGGCCCCCGCACAGCCAGCCCCUGUUCUCACUGGCCAACGUCAUCUCCAUGGCCAUGAGCAUGGCGCAGUCGUUCAUCCCUCCCGCCCAGCAGGGGAUGCCCUCCUAUGGGGGCUUCCACCCUCAGUCGGCAUACCCGUAUCCCCCGCAUUACCAGACCCCCACGCUGGAGGUGCCGUACCCCUUAAACGUCUACCCCAGCCCGGGGAACACGCCACCGACGGACGGAUUCCCUCAAGGUUGUCAGGACACCUGUCCCACUACCCCACCACAAACUCCACUGCAGCAGACCGAACCCUCCACUCCCCCAGGCCGACUUCAGGAGGGCCCAGUCCCUGUACUAUCCCAAGUGCCCGGUUCGACCUCGUUGUUGGAUCUAUCACCCUCGACAACGGACAGUCCGGAGAGCACCUUAUCAUCCAUCAGCACUCUAUCUGAACUGAACACCACAAGCCCGAUGACCCAAAAAGUGUCACCAUUGAGCUCCUCAGGAGCUCCAUCUGCUGCGGUGACGGUGGGGCGUUUCCAGGUGUCGCCCAGCGCCGAGGUGCCAGGCCUCGCCUCGCUGUCGCAAGGGCGCGCGAGCAGCACCGAGGAAGGGCAGGGCGAGUCGGAGACUGGUCUGGGUGCCUCCCUCACCAAGAGGAAGAUGGAAGAGGAGGAGGCGGUAGAGGAACGGCCAAAGGCGAGGAGACGCGGGCGGAGGCGGGCGCGCAGCCUCAGCCUGAUGGGCAUGUCCGCGGACAGUGGGCUGUCGGUGACGGCGCCAGAUUCGGAAGGCCGGCUGUGGGACGGUGCCUCCGGCAGCCCGCAGUACGGCAAUGCACUCCACCACCUGUGGACCAUGAACUACAGCCACAACUCCUCCUACCUGAGCAGCGACGACUCGGACAGCGACGAUGACGAAGACAUGCUGGACGAGCUCCAGGAGCUCCGAGAGAAACAUCUGUCGGAGGUUCAGGAACUGCAAGCGGCUCAGAAGCAGGAGAUCGAGGAUCUGUACGAAAAGAUGGGCAAAGUCCCGCCACCUGGCAUUGUUUCCCCGGCCGCCAUGUUGUCCAGCCGCCAACGACGCCUGUCCAAAGGCGCGGGGGGCUUCCCGCCAUCACGUCGGAAUAGCCUCCAGCGAUUGGACAUGUUGCCGAUUCAAGGUAUUAUCAGAAGAAACUCUCUGGGAGGAAGCAGCAGCAGCUCCCAGGACAAACCCAGCAAAGGCAUCACUUUCGCUUCAGACAUGAGUAGAAUGUAAGAAAAUUCUAAGCGAGCAAACGCUAAACAUCUGGACUACCUCAUCCAACGUCGUCACGAAGAAGGAAACGGUUGGGAGGUGGGGGGAAUGACAUUCAAACGAUACUCCACCACCCCCAACCCCAACCGAGUAUGAGGGACUUUCCUUUGUCACAUGUUGGGAAUAACAAUGUCAAUCCUGAGUGAAGAACUACAUGAGUUGAUUCCACGCUGCCACAGCUAUCCAUUUGCAUUGUACAGUAAACCAUGUUUUUUUUUUUCCGUUUUGUUUUGACGCCAGCCAUCUUGUGCCAGGCAGAGAUAACAGAAACUGCAAGAUGGCUGAAGACAAACAGUUGAAAUGCACAGCCCUCCGCCAAGGAGCGAAUCACCACAAUUUUGGAUGCACAUCUUUGUCGCAUGAUAGAUCGCUGUUUCUGGACAAGACCCAAAAGGCAACAACAACAAAAAAAUCUGUUUUUAAAAUGCGAUACGUUCUUUUAAAACUGGGGCAGCAUGGUGAGCAAGUGGUUCGCACAUCUGGGUGUCCUCCCACGUUCCCAAAACAUGCAUGUUAGGUUCUUUGAAGACCCUAAAAUAUCCAUAGGUGUGAACGCCUGUCUAAAAGUGCACUGUGAUCGGCUGGCAACCACUCCAUACCAGACUACUCCUGCAGGUGGCGCUAAUGCAUGAUAGAAAUUGGGUUAUCGCAAUAAGCAAACUACUUUUUUCUUGUCUGUUGGCUUUUGGUCUUGUCAUUAUUUAUUUAUUUUUAUUUUCAAACCUCAUCAAAAUUCGAAGCGUGGAAAUCAAGGUUGUUAUAUUUGCAUUAUUUCUCAAAAAUUUAUUGGGUCAUUGCCCCAAGUGCAACAGGACUGUAACAGCAAAACCUUGACACUUGUCAUUACUGAAAAUAUUUUAAAAUGCAAAUAUUAAAAUAAAAUGACAUUUAAGUGACACACAAAUGAUAAUGUGUUAGUGGUCACAAACCUGACUGCCUGAAUUUAGUCAUUCAUUCACUAGAAUACUUGAAAAUUCAAAAUUUAGCCCCAGGUAUUUUUUCCUCCUAAAAUAUGAAUCCUUCUCAUAAUGGCAUCAGUAUGAUAUUCCCCUUUGCACCUUUUUAAUAAGGAUUUCUUCACUGAUUGGCUGGGUGAAAUCACACUUCUGCAUUCCUAUCAUCUUACCAAAUAUAGUUGAGCUCAAUAGCAUUCAAAAUCAAAGAGGAAAUGGGGAAAAAUCGAAUUUUUGUGUGCUUUUAAUGUUCACGCUCCUUGGUGGAGGUAAUCGAGUCAGUAUAAGAUGGAAAUACAAAUUUCUAAUAUGUAAUUCUACUUCUGGCUUCUGCUUGUACGUGUAUAUACGGUAGAGUGCAUUUAUAGACUGUUUACACAAUUACUUGUGCAACAAACAAAAUACAAAUAUACAUUAUUUUAUUAGGAUAGAUCAAUCAAGCACCUCAUGCACUUUAGCUUUUUCAUUUAUCAAUUGUCGGUCAAAUGGUAUUCAUUUAUAAAAAUAAAACAAGGGAGAAUGUCCAAGCUGGCAAUGUGCCUUAAAAAAAAAUCAUUCACACUGGACAUUUGAGAAAAAAAAAAGUAUCAAAUAAUAUAUUGAAAGAUUUGCAAAAUAAACAAUGUGCAAUGUAGAAUAAGUGUUUCCAAUAAGCUGCUGCCAUCUGUGCCUUUUCCUCAAGGUCUUAUUUUGUAUUUCUCCUCAUCUAUAAUGGAUUUCCCAGCUCAAUAAAUAUAAUUUUUAAAAAUUAA